GUUUGACAACAUUAUCUAACUUUUUUCAUAAACAUUUAAAAUGGGCCAUUUAUGUUAAAAGAAUAUAAAUUUUAUUUUUUACAGACUCCAAAUAAUGAAUUUUUAAAGUUGAAAAUCUGGUUAAAACAUAGUUCUGAUUCAAAAGGAUUUGGUUUUUCAUUAAGAGGCGGUAAAGAUCAAGGAACACCUGUAUUUGUAGAUUCAGUCACUCCAGGAGGUGCUAGUGAAGUUGCUGGAUUAAAAGUUGGAGAUGAGAUUAGAGAAAUAAAUGGAGAAAGCUGUUAUGGUCGUUGUCAUUCUGCUCUGGUAUUUGCAGUUAAGCAAGCAGUGUACACUGGUCUUUUAGAUUUGGUAAUAAAGAGAGCUAGUGACUCAGAUAAUAUCGAAGCAAAGGAUAGCCAACCACAGAUAAUAUCUCGAAGAGGAUCUGCAUUUGCUCAGAGAAUUGCAAUGUUCAAUAAUAGUAUUGAAAACCAAAGUUCUCAAGACAAUCAAAAGAGCGAACCUUAUGAUUUCCGAAAUAAGGCAGACUCAAUUGUUCUUAGGAGGCGAUCUACUUUUGAAACAGCAACUCAAAAUAAAGAACAAACUGCAAGUAAUAGAUGGUCAACAAGUGUAACUCGUGAUUCAUAUUCUGGAGGUUUUAGUGUUCAAGAUAGAAAGAAUUCUUUUGAAUCAUUUGCAACAAUGGAUCAUUCUACAGAAGUUAAAUCUUUUACUAGUAAAAAACUUCCACCACCAGUUCCAGCUAAGCCAAAAUCUAAAAUGAGUACAUCUAUUGAAUCUAUUGAGUCAUUACAUGAUUUAUCAAAGGAAGCACCAGUAGAAAGUAAUGAACUACCUGAAAAGAAAAAUAUUUGUAUGGAGACUCCAAAGUUAACAGAAAGUGAAGUUUUGAUAACAACUACACUGGAUACUAUGCAAUUAAAUGAAAUUGAAAGGAAAGAAGAACCAGAAAUAAUAAAAUUAAAUGAAGAUAAAAAUGUUGAAACAUUAAAAGAGUUGUGUGAAAAUUGUUUAACAAAAUCUGGUUCUCCUCCUCUUGAACAAAAUGCAAAAUUAGAUGAUAUUGAAAAAAAUAAUCAAGUCAACUCAGUAAAUGAUGUACAAAAUGAAAUUAUACCAUGCGGUUAUUCAGUGAAAGUUCAAGGUGAUAUGAACAUUGUAUAUGAAUCUUAUGCUCAUGAACCGUCUGAUGAAAUUUGUCAAAAUGACAUUUCUGAAGAAUCUAAUAGUAAUGAAAUUGCUGAUCAUGAUACUAUGUAUAUUACUGAUAAUAAUGAUCAACAGAUUUUCACUAAUGAACUAAAUAAUGAAGUUUGUAAUUUACCAAAUCAACUGAUAGAUGAAAGCUGUAAAAAUAAUGAACAGUUGAGUAAAAAUGAAAAUGAAUGUUUCUUCUCUCAAGUACAAAUGACUGUAUCAGAUACAGAAAUAUGUGGUGAAAAUGUAGAGGAUAAUCUUGACAUUGGUAUGAAUGAAACAACUUCAGAUGUUAACAGAUCAGAAGUUUCAUCUCAAUGUAACUAUAUUGAAUCAAGAAGUACUCAGUCUGAUAUUUUAACUCCUGUUGAUGAUAUUGCUGAACAGAUGGAAUUGAUGAUUUUAAAUCAAUUAGCUCAACAAAAUGACAAUGUUGAACAAGAUAAAUUAACAAGAUAA